ACAACACCACACGAUUGUUAACCUUAACUGUGGAUUUCAGGACCAUCCAGAGAUCUUGACUUGUUGUGUGAGUUUAAGAUAGAAAGAAAAAAAUGCAAGAUUUUAAUACCAUAUGGUUGUUAAUCAUAUGAAUCAAUUUCCUGAUAACGUUUUGUUUUAUUGGAAUACUAACACGAAGUUAUAGAUUUUUCUUUAGUUCUAAGUAUUUGUUGUUUUUUACCAUUGUUGGAGUAUUAUCUACCCAAGCAAGAAAAUAAAGUCCAAUCUCUCAGUAUCUAUCUUAAAUUUUCUAAUGUUCUUCAUAGAAAAUAUUCUAGAAAUUGCAGAUUCUAAAACUAAAAAGUCCAAGAAGUCUAAAAAAAUGGAGAAGAUUGAGAAGUGUCCAUUAUGUUGUGAAGAGUUGGACCCUGACGACUUGAAUUUCUUGCCAUGUCCUUGUGGUUAUAAGGUUUGUCUUUUCUGUUGGAAUACUAUAAGAACUAAUGAAAAUGAUCCGAAAUGUCCCCUGUGUAGAAGAACCUAUUCAGAAAAUCCUGCAAAAUUUGAGCCACUUUCUGCUGAACAAUUACAAAAAUUAAAAAAUAAAAAAAAGCUAGAAGAUGUAAAAAAGAAACAAAAAUUAGCUGAAGACAGAAAGCUGCUUGCUGAUGUCAGAGUUGUAAGAAAGAACCUUAUAUUUGUAAAUGAAUUACCUCUGAAUUUUAGUAAAGAUCCCAAAUCAUACCAAAGGUUUUUAAGUAUAUUCAAGCAAGCUGGUCAUGUAAAGAAAGUAUCUGUAUUAAACUCAUCAAAAAACUAUGCAGGUCAAAAAGCACCCUUUGCAAGGGCAUAUAUUACUUAUCAAAAAAAUGAAGAAGCUCUGAGAGCUUUAAAAUUAUUUGAAGGUGUAGAAUUUGAAGGGAGAGAGCUCAAAUUAUCCCUUGGUACUACUAAAUAUUGUAGCAGUUAUAUCAAAAAUGUAACCUGUGUAAUGAAAGAAUGUGUAUAUCUACAUGAACAAGCUGAUGCCGAGGCAUCAUUUACCAAAGAACAAAUACAAGCAGGGAAGCACAUAGAAUAUGGACAAAGGUUAUAUGAACAAUAUGUUCAAUAUGUAAAUAAUAUGCACUCAAAAUCAAUAUCAAACUCAGUAAUUGAAGAAAGGAAAUCUGAUCCCCAACAGCAACAUACUGAAGAGCUAGAAAAAGAAAAUAGCCCUGAAAAUUCUAUUUCUGCACCAACAACACAACAAAGUAGUCAAUUAACACACAAUGAUAGAAGUUUAUCCCCCUCUGAAAAUGAUAGUAAUACUACAGUUUUUAAACAACUGCAAGACAUCAUGAUGGUAGCUAAUAUUUCGGACUCUACUCUAAGUACCAAUUCCUCCUCACACAACAAUCAUUGUGAUUCUGUGCUAAAGAACUUAUCUCGUGAACAGUGUGUACCACAAACAUUAAUACCCAUGAACUCUCCUGUAAAUAAUUCAAGUAGCAGUUCCAUGGACUUGGGAGGUGUAAAUAAGAGUGCCGAAGUGGAAUUUGGAGAAAAUGUAUUUGAAGAAAAGUUUGUCGUCAAGAGAGAGACACCGCCUGUAAUACCCAAUGGCAAUCUCUUUCACGAAGAAAGAUAUUCCGCUAAAGAAUCUUUACUUACUCGCUUAAUGAACUCACAUAAAGAUAACAAUAUUAGAUGUUCAGAAACAUUUAGUCCUUUCAAUCAAGAUCUAGAUGUCCUCACGCUCAGGAAUCACUUAAUUAAUAAUGAUGGGGAUCGGUCAGCUUAUUCAUUUGAGCCAAAAGAUGACUGUGGUUUAGACUUUGAUCCAGUUCAGACGGCUCUUGGUGGUUUGGGAGAGCUUGUUGUCUCUGAGAAACAAAAAGCUAGAAUAGAAGUUAAUUCUUUAAAUACCACUCCAAUCAAUGCAUUCAAGAAACAUAAUGCUCCACAACAAAGAGUGCAACAGCCUGUCUUUUCCCCCAAUAAUUAUCUUCCUGUAUAUCAAAAUCGAAGCCAAAAUUCUCCCAUAGUGGACUUUUACAAUCAAACCUCUUUUCGACCUUCAGUUCAAAGUCCUGUUGGAAGAUCUUCUCUUCAUUCACAAACAGUAACUCCCACUCAGCAAAGAAGUCAGCCUGUUCCCCCACCCUUUGCCAACACACUAACCAUUCAAACUCCAAGAUUCUCACCAGGAAUGUCUGUGGGCAACAACUCAAUGGUUAAUGGUUAUUCUCCCCAACACUACAUGAGUGCUGCACAAGUGUCUCCUCCAGAUGCUUUCAUGAUGUCACAACAACAGCAGCAGCAACCACCACAACAAAACCAUAGUUUUGAAAAUUUCCCUCAACAUCAAUUUUCUUUUGAACAACAAGUUCCCUCAUUUGGUAGCAACAUGAGUUUGGGUCAAAGGAUUAGAAAUGAGACUCUCAGUCGCCAACAAUCGUAUCAACAACAACAACAAUAUCAACAGUUACAAAGACUUAAUAGUUACUGCAACUCUACACCUCUUGGAGGUAAUUUAACUUAUGAUCACUAAAUAGGCCAAAUGGAAACAAUACAUUCCCGUAGGACUUUUUAUGUAUUAUUUGUGUGUGUGUUCCUGCAACACUUUUAAUGUGAUAUUCUCGGUGAUAAUUCCAACUUUCUUACCCUGUUAUAUAUAUUUCUAGAUUUCUCAUGCCAACAAAUUGUUGUUUGUGGUAGGAAAUUAGUUGUAAUUUUUUCUAAAUAAAAGAAAACCUUUUGUGUUUUGUAUUGUUUCAACACUUAAAA